AUGAACGCCUCGACAAAAUUCCUCCAGCCGGAGUUUGGCACCUGGAGUGAUGGAAUCAAGCGCGCCUCGUUGGAUGCCAUAGCCCCCCUUCCAAUUGACCCCUUCAAAGAAAUGACGCUGGACGAAUGCCGUAUCUGCCUUUCCCGGCUGGAGAAUGUGUUCCGACUGCUAAAUAUCAAGAUCAGAGAAGCGGAAGACGACGAAGUCUACACGUGGUAUUUGGAAUCAUACUUGGUGUACAGCCAAACCUGCUUCCGUGAGUCGCGGCGACAAGAGGCGGCUUUGUGGAUUCAUGAAAACACCGACCCGUCCGCGCCGCCCCUCGAAGUGCGAAGUAUGUCCUCCCACUCCCACCGAGUCGACGCAACUCUGCCCAAGCCUCCAUUGGUACGAGAAACACCAUGCAAAGUGCGGACCCGAUGCUACUACAGACCACAGUUGGCAUCGUGA